AUGGUGUCAAAGCUCUUCGACACAAAGAAUUUGUUAAAAGUAACAUGGAACGUACCUCUGUCGCAUGAUACACGCAAGCUUGGGCUGCGUGCAUCACCUCUUCUUCACCAAUCGCUCCUUGAGCGUAUAAGGCUUAUUGAUCACAAUCUCUGCGAGGCACAGGAGAGCCUUGCGGCCAUUCUUCGUCUAUUGAAACUCGGCUCUUCCACGUAA